AUGACUACGACCAUACUUCCUCUCACAUUCUUCGCAGUUUUCGCGUUGUACACCGGGAUUGGAUGGGCGAGGAGAUACUAUCGUAGAUCUUCCAAGAUCCAUCCCACCCCUCCAAACGAAAAGACCUCCUCAUCUCAAAUCAUCGAACCGUUAACCCCCUUCGACUGGAAAACCACCGAACCGGAAAAGCACCGGCCCUAUAAGCCCAAAUACAACCUCACCAUGUCUAUCGAAAAAACCACCCUCUCGGACCUCCUCGCCAUCGACAACACCUACCUCGACCGAAUCACCCUCCGCCGACAGAUCAUGGCCGACCACGAGGAAACCGUCCUCGCAGCGAACGACAACGUCGCUCGUCCUGCUAUCCAAGAAUUCUACGUCUGGAUGGUAGGCACCUACCUCCCGAACCGAUAUCCAGACCUGUUCGUUCUCACCCCAGAUCGAAACACUACCACUCCCAACUCCUCCGCGAAUCUAUGCCUAUACAGCAAAGUCACCCACGAAUCUUAUCCCCUUACCCUCCCAGCAUCAACCCCAGGGAUUGACAUCCUCCGUCACCUGGGCGGACUCAUCGAAGACGACAUCCUCUUCCUACUGCCCUCGGCCGACGGAGACGGGUACGCUCUACAGGCGUUCGUGACCUGUUUCCCGAAUGGGUUUGACACGCGCAAGAAACUAGGGUUGAAGUUGAGGGAUAUUCAUAUCCCCGUGCCGGGCUAUAAGGAGAAGUUGGAGAGGAGUAUGGAUCGGUGGUUUGAGAGAUUGGAGGUCGGGACGGUGGUGAGGAGGUUUAAUUGGACCAUCCAACCACAUGGUCGUCUCUUUGCGCCCUCGGGGAAUCAUCUCUACGAGGGCGACGAGGUGAAGCCUAUCGAGGCGGAUAUUGAUCAGACCUACGUGCGCACCGAACGCCAACUCGUGCACAGGCUUCCCCACAGCAAAGCCAUCUGCUUCUCCUUCAAGACCUAUCUCUAUCCCAUCCGGGAUAUCAAGGCCGAAGGACUGGGCGAGACGCUGGCGCAGGCGAUUGACGGGCUGCAAGGGGGAAAUGUACCGGGGAUGUAUUACUACAAGAGGGCGGCCGUAUGGGGGGUUUCAGUGAAAAGGUAUUUGAGGUCGUAG